UUUUGUUACAGAAACAAAGCAUGAUGGUCCGUCAACUGGAAGAGGAGCUCAGAAUGAGAAUGCGCGGGCCAAAUGUUGAGAUACAGCAGCAAAUGGAAGUUUUGUACAAUGAGAACGAGCAUCUGACUCGCGAAAUCGCCAUACUUCGUGAUACAAUAAAGGAAUUGGAAUUAAGAAUAGAAACGCAAAAGCAAACGCUGCAAGCUCGCGAUGAGAGUAUCAAGAAGCUCCUCGAGAUGCUCCAGAACAAGGGGAUGGGAAAAGAGGAGGAAAGGAUCAUGUUCCAGCAAAUGCAGUCGAUGGCCCAGAAGCAGGUCGAGUACUCGCGGAUGAGACAACUGCAUUUUGCAUUCCAAACGCAAAAAUCCCAACAUGCAAGUCGAGUAUUGCUGGACGAGCUCCGGACGGAGGUACAGCGACGGGACCAAGAGCUGCUGGGGAUGUCGGCCAAGAUGAAAACGCUGGAGGAGCAACACCAAGAUUACCAGAGGCACAUCGCCGUGCUCAAGGAGUCUCUCUGCGCCAAGGAGGAGCAUUAUAAUAUGCUGCAGGCCGAUGUCGAGGAGAUGCGACAGCGGCUCGAGGAGAAGAACCGGAUGAUUGAGAAGAAGACGCAGGCGGCGAUGCAGGCGCAACAGGAGCGCAAUCGCAUGAACACCGAGUUGACCGAGAUCAAGGAUCACAUGGAUAUCAAGGAUCGCAAGAUCAACGUUCUGCAGCGCAAGAUCGAGAAUUUGGAGGACCUGCUGAAGGAGAAGGAUAAUCAGGUCGACAUGGCCAGGGCCAGGUUGACGGCGAUGCAGGCGCAUCAUUGCAGUAGCGAGGGUGCACUUAGCAGCCUUGAGGAGGCGAUCGGAGAUAAAGAGAAGCAAAUGGCUCAAUUACGCGAGCAAAGAGACCGAGCCGAGCAGGAGAAGCAGGAAGAAAGGGAAUUGCAUGAAAGAGAGCUCGCCGAGUAUAAAAUGAAGAUACAUACUUUGGAAUCUGAGGUCGAGAAAUUGGGCGCGCGAUUGGAACGAGCACAGGCGGAAAAGGACCGGCUGGAGGCGAAGCUUGAAAGUUCGCAAUCCGAGCUUGGCAAGAGCAAGGCCGAACUGGACAAGGCCGCGUCCGAGGUCGGACGCAGUGGCGCGGACUGGGAGGCUGCGAAGCAGCGAUUAGCCAGGCUGGAGCUCGAGAAUGAGAGGCUGCGACAUGAUAUGGAACGAUCGCAGGGAUACGGUAGGGGCACGCUGAAUUCGUCCCAGGAAAUGGAGCGCAUUCAGGAACGGGCCGACAAAGCGGCCGCCGAAUUAAGGAGAGCUCAGGCGGAGCUGAGGGUAACGCAAGCGGACAACGAGAGAGCGCGUGCCGAGGCCGCGACCUUGCAAGAGAAGGUGGAGAAAAGUCAGGGCGAGGUGUACAGGCUCAAGGCCAGGCUGGAGAACGCUCAAGGGGAACAGGAGAGUCUGCGGGAAGAAUACGAUCGAGCACAAGCGUCCGUGGCUCGUCUUCACGCCGAAAGGGACAAGGCGAUCGGCGAGCUCGAAAAGUCGCAAGAGGAGCUCGAACGUACACAGGCCACCCUAGGCAAGGCAUUGGAUAAGACGCAGAGCGAGGUUGAUACGCUGCAGGAGAAGCUCGAUAAGACGCAGACGGAAAUUCGUAGAAUGCAAAUGGAGAGAGAGAAACAGAACUACGACUUCGAGAAUCUGCAGAGUCAGCUUGACAAGGCGUUAGGACAGUCGACGAGAAUGCAGAAAGAGCGAGAGGCGAUUCAACUCGAGGUCGAUCGACUACAGGACAAAUACGAGAAGGCUCAAGUCAUAAUGCAACGGCUGCAGAAGGAGAGGGACAGCUUCCAGGAGGAGAUGGAGAAGAUGCACGAGAGGAUAGAACUGCAGCAGAAUCAGAUUAGCAAGAUGCAACGUGAGAAGGAAAACAUACUGUCGGAACUCGAUCUGGUCAAGGAGAGAUGGGAGAAGGCGCACAACACUCAUCAAAAAUUGACGUUGGAGCGAGAUGACGCUUUGACUGAAAUCCAGAUCUUAAAAGAGAAACUGGAGAAGGCUCAAUACACUCUGAAUAAAGCUCACGAGGAACGGGAGAACACCGCAAAGGAAUUCGAGAAGAUGCUGGAGAAAUAUGAUAGGGGGCAGAGCGAGGUGUACCGUCUGCAGAACCGCAUCGACGUGAUGGAGGCGGACAAGGACCGGCUGGAACUGGAGGCGGAAAAGCAGCAGAUGCUGGCGGCCAAGUCGCGCGAGGAGGCACGCAAGGCCCAGGAGGAACUGACCCGGGUGCAGGAGAUGUACGACCGCGCGGCUUUGCAGCUCGGCCGCACCAAGGAGCACGAGGAGAAGUCGAAGGAGAGCAUCGAUCGGCUUAGCGUCGAUCUGGAGAUGGUGCGCGAGCGUUACGAGAAGUCGCAGAUCGAGCUACGACGCUUGCAGAACGAGCGCGAGAAGGUGGUAGGCGACAACGAGCGCAUCAGCUUCGAGCUGGAGCGCGCGCAUUCGCAGCUCAACAAGGCGCAGGCGGCCACGGAGAAGACGCAGGAGGAGCUCGCGCGUAUGCAGCUAGAGAUCGAAAAGAUGUACGAGAAGCACGAUCGUCAGCAGGCUGAGGUGAGAAAGGCGCAGGCCGAGGCGGAACGACUGCGUACCGAAGCGGAGAGCUCUCGCGAGGAGUGCGAGAGGUACGCGACCCGUUUCGGCAAGUACCAGGAGAACCAGGAGCGGCAGAAGGAAGAGCACGAGUGGGCGAAGCUGGAGGUGGAACGACUACGUGACCGUCUGGAGAAGGCGCUGGCGGAGCUCGAGCGCGCACGGAAGGCCGAACAGGACGCCUCGAGGCUGCGCGCCGAUCUGGAGCGUGCGGAGGGCGUACGAGGUAAAUACCAGUACGAGCAGGAAAAAUGGCAAAGCGAAGGUAGUAGGCUACAGCAGGAGGUGAACAAGCUGCGCGAGCGGCUAGACAGCCGCGAGGCCGAGCUGAAGAGGACACAGUCGGGCAAUGCCGAGCUCGAGACGAAGCUGCACGAGACGCAGCUUCAACUCGAGCGGGCGCGCGACGAAACUGGCAAGGCUUCGGCGCAGCAGGAGCGUAAUCGCUCGGAGAUCGAGCGCGCGAGGAUCGAGGCCGAGAAGAUCCGUGAUCGUCACGACAAGAUAAAAUCGCGGGCGGAGGCUCUCGAAGCGGACAACGAGAAGUUGCGCGUGGAGAUCAUACGGCUGGAGCGGCUGAUGCAGACCGAGGGUAAGACAAGAUCGGAGAGCGCGAGCAUCGAGGUAGAACGUCUGCGCGCCAGCCUGGACAAGGCUAUAGUGGCACGCGAUCAAGUCGAGCUAGAGGCCGGUAGACUAGCGAAGGAACUUGAGAAGACGCAUCUACAGACCACCAAGUAUCAGGAAGCCGCCGAUGCUACCAAGAAAGAGCUCGAACGUCUCGCUGCGGAUGUUCAGCUACUGCGGGAGGAACGCGAGGCAUUACGCCAAGAGUUGCGUCGCGUGCAACAACAGCAGCAGCAACAACAACAGCAGCAGCAGAUUGCCGGAAACGAAGAGUUCGCCCGACUCCAGUACGAACUGCAGUUGGCGCAGCGCGAGCGCGACAAGAUGGCAGCGAUCCUGGAGAAUCGGGAGAAGCAUUCGGAAAAGUUGAAGGAGAAGCUAGAAGCGGACGCGAAGCAGCUGCAGGUUGAGCGCGAUCAGUUGGUGAUACAGCUGGAGAAGUCGCAGGAGAUGUUGGUGAACUUCCAGCAGGAGUUGAGCGCGAACGAGGCCGAGCUCGAGCGUCAGCGCGACGAGGCCCGUCGUCUUCAGCAGCGGGCCCAAGCGCAGACGCCCGAUCGCGCCGCCAAGGAGGCACUUGAUGCACAGAUGCGCGAGGUACAGCGACUGCAGCAACAAGUGCAGAGCGUUCAACAGGCGCAGCAGAAGGAACGACAACGUGCCGAGCAGGCGGAGAAGCGAGUACAGGAGUUGCAGAAGCAGUUGGCGUCGCGCGGGGCCGAGACGACGCAAUCCGACGUGGCUCAGCUUGAACAGUGGCGGAAACUCUGCGAGACGGAACGGCAACGAGCGGACACGGCUGAGCGCGAGGCCAGCGAGCUGCAGAAGCGGAUACAGGCGACGGAGCGGCAGUUGCACGCGCAUCAGCAGCAGAUCCAACAGAUGCAGGUCACCAUGCAACAACAGCAGCAGCAGCUCCAACAGCAGCAGCAGCAGCCUUCGCAGCAGAACGGCCAGGAGGUUACCAGGCUGAAGAAGGAGCUGGAACGCGCGCGCGAGGAUAUUAAGCAGGCGACAGUGGAACGCGAGCGGUUUCAGGCGCAGCUCGAGAUGCUGUGUCAGGAACUGGAGAAGAAUCAGGUGGACUUGCACGAGGCGAACAAGAAACUCCAAGCUGGCGCAGCGAAAGCUGGCGCCGAUACUAUCCAAGAGAGGAAACAGCUGGAGGAACAAAGACGACAAUUGGAAGAGCAGAGAAGACAGACGGAGGAACGGGCGAAGUCCAUAGAUCAGAAAGCUAGAACGAUGGAGGAGAAGGAGAGGAUGCUCCAAAGUCUCGACCAGGAUCUGAAGAAGAGAAAGGCGAGAAUGGACCAACUGGAGCAGCAACUACAGAAGAGUGGUGGAGCGCCAGACAAGAGAUUAGCGGAAAUGCAAAAGGCUCUCGAAGCUGCCGAGAAGGAUUUGGAAAAGGCAAAGGAAGAAUCGAGCAGAAGCUCUGCCGAAACCGAAAGGCUACUGCAGCUCGUGCAGAUGACUCAGGAGGAACAAAACUCCAAGGAGAAACAGAUCAGAGAUCUUCAAGAUGCACUCAAAACCGCACAAGCCAAGUUGAAACAAGCUACAACUGCACAGCAAGAGUCCCAGGAUAACAAGGAUGAAUCGUGCUCCUGGCGAGAGGCACUAGAGACGAAGAAUCAUACCAUAUCCAAACUAGAAAAGAAAAUAGAGAAUCUCCAGCAGGAUUACGACAAGUAUAAGGAUUUGUUGAAUGACUCGAGCAAUAAUGAAUCCUGGAAGAAGGAAGUAGAGGAGAAGAAUCAACGUAUUGUCCAGCUGGAACAAGAACUGGAACGCUCCGAGAACGUAAAAAACGACAAAACGAGCAAAAACGUCGAAACGCAGACGGAAAUAUAUAAGAAUUUUUGUAAUCCAGAUACGAAGAAUCGGCGAAUCGUUGCGCUAAAGCGGCAGGUGAUAGCCUUGAGUAAUUCUUUGAAAAAUCAUGCGAGGAAAUCGACAGAAUCCUCCGAGAAAGACAACGAUAAUAAAAUGAACAAAAAAGUCGAAGAGACCUGGAAGCAGGAAAUGGAGAUGAAGAAUCGACGCAUCGUCGAACUAGAGCAGGAAAUGGCAUUGCUGGAAAACCUACUGCGGGAAAACGUGGACGUACAGAUACUGCGCGAUCUCGAGAAGAUGAUGGAUGGAAAGUCCAGACGGAUCGAGGAGCUAGAAGAUGCCGUAAAGGAGCUCGAGAUCUUUCUCAAGGAGGACGUAAAGGAGAUGCGCGAUCUGCGUUAUCAGAUAUCGCUCGAUAAAGAGCAUAUCGUGGCGCUGGAAAGGUGUAUCCAGAAAUACAGUCUCACAAAUGCGGGGAUCGACAAAACAAGGAUCAUAGAGCUGGAGGAGAUGGUGACGAGCCUGGAGGACUACGUUAGAGAGCAUGAUGUCGACGGUUUUAAGCGAAAGCUGCAGGAUCGGGAGUGCAGGAUCAAUCAGUUAGAGAACCAGAUCAUUGACCUGAAUAAGAAGCUGUCGAAAUUUGGGGAAAAUCAAUCAAACGGAAAUACAUCGAAAAAAAGCAACAAUAGAAUGGCCUGGGAGCUGGAAGAAGAACAAAAAAUGAAAGAUGUGACGCAUAUUAUUUCUAAAGAAAAUAGAAAAUUCCAAGAAUGCGAGCUGCAGAUUGUCGAGCAGCAAGAUAAGAACCUAAAAAUGGAGCUGCGAGAGAAAGAGCAAAAGAUGAAAGAAAUGGGAUACGACAUUUCGGAAAAGGAUAACAAAAUACAGAAAUACGAGCAGCAGAUCGUCGAACAACAGAACAAGCUGUUGAAAAUGGAGAAAGAAAUGGCCGAGUUGGAAAAGGAAUUGUACAUUAUAGAAGACAUCGAUGCAUUAAAGGAGACGAUCAGGAUAAAAAACGAGAGGGUGCAAGAACUGGAGAUGGAAGUCAAUUCUCUGGAGACUUCGCUUGGUGAGAGGAUUGACGUCGCAAUCGAAGAACUGAUUGCGGUUCUAAAAGAAAAGGAGAAGAUACAAGUUCACUUGAAGGAAGAUCUCGCGGACAAAGAGAGCAAGAUAGAAGAGUUGGACGCGGCUCUUCGCCAGAGUAUCGCAAUUACGGACGAGACCGAGAGAAAAUUCAAACACGAAAAGAAGCUUAGAAAGGAGGCAGAUCAAAGAAUCGCCGAUUUGGAAAAGAAGAUCGCAGUUAUGCAUGCUGCCUCGGCCAUGAAAUGCAUCACGUGCAAACCACUUCUUUACAAAAUAUUCAAAACUGAAGAAAAACUCCUCCAAUCGAACCAAGAAAAGACCGAUCAGCUGCAAGAAUUGCAUCAGACAAAGUGCGUUUUUCAAGUUAAUUCAGGCCAACAGUUUGAUCUCGACGGACGCGAAGCUUUAAAACUUGCCCUUUCCGAGAAGGACGCUCAUUUAGCUUUGCUGGAACAUUCAGGUAUUAAAACUCUGACGCAAGUGGAUCAGGCAAAGAAACUAAAAGCUGAUAAGAAGAUAUUACUCGAUAGGCUAAGAGAGGAGGAUGAAAAAAGUAUCAAUCUGGACUUGAAAUUGGAAACAAUACCGCAAUUAAUUGAGAAAAUUUCCGACGACAACGAUAACAAUAAUAAUAAUUCCUUUGACGAUCACCCUAGCAAGAUUAAUUCAUCCAGACCAACUACUAUGAAUGGCGACAGCUCGCCGAUAUCAGCUACUGCGAGUUGCGAGCAUUCAACAAAGGCAUCGACGGUUUUCAAUAUGAGAGACGGAGAAGAUAACUCGCAAGUUCAUCAACAGGAUGCCAGAUAAGUACUCGAGGUUUCUUCUACGGUAUUUCGAAGUAUCAGUCUCUUCGUUAUCUCAAUGUUGUCAUACGCACACACAUUCGCGAACGUAGAGACAGUCUAUAGAGCAUCCUUAGAAACAUAGUGGAAAAGAAACCGAAACGAACAACAACUACACACCAACAGUAAAACUACAAUAUAUCAUCUAUAAUAACAACUACAGCAACAACCAACACGCCUGCCUGUAUAUCGCUCAUUACUCAUCAUCAUCAUCAUCUUCUUUGUCAUCAUUCAUCAUUAAUCGGCAUCUCAUCGUCCACGUGGCACAUUGUGCUUGAAGGAAUUGGCAAGAUCAAGAAGCCGGAAGCUUCUUCAAACUGCUGGUAACUCAAAUUGAUUAACAUCCGAUUGUUUACAAUGUAU